GACGGCGGAGAUCUGUCUUCUUUCUUUGUUAAAUCUAUUGAAGAGGUUCCCUACAACAUCUCUAUCAUUCAGAUCAGCAGAGUUUUACCGUCGGAGACUGCGGCGGCUCCGACUCCGGCUCCGGCUGAGAUGAACCUCACCGGAAUAAUGUCGGCUCACGGCUGUAAAGUGUUUGCUGAGACUCUUCUCACUAACCCUGCAGCUUCAAAAACCUAUCAGGAGAGUUUAGAAGGAGGCAUGACAGUGUUCUGUCCAGGAGAUGACGCAAUGAAAGGUUUCUUGCCCAAAUACAAGAACUUGACAGCUCCAAAGAAAGAAGCUUUCCUCGAUUUCCUUGCCGUCCCGACGUAUUACUCAAUGGCCAUGCUCAAAUCCAACAACGGUCCGAUGAACACGCUUGCCACAGAUGGAGCUAACAAGUUCGAGCUUACUGUACAGAACGAUGGAGAGAAAGUUACGCUCAAGACAAGGAUCAACACUGUCAAGAUCGUUGAUACUCUCAUUGACGAGCAGCCUUUGGCUAUUUAUGCCACGGAUAAGGUUUUGUUGCCUAAAGAGCUUUUUAAGGCUUCGGCUGUUGAAGCUCCGGCUCCUGCUCCGGCACCAGAGGACGGAGAUGUUGCGGAUUCUCCAAAACCAGCUAAAGGUAAAGGGAAAGGGAAGAAGAAGAAGGCUGCACCGUCGCCUGAUGAGUCGGCUUUUGGUGACUCGGAUUCGCCUGCGGAAGGGCCUGAUGGAGAGGCUGAUGAUGCUACCGCUGAUGAUGCUGGUGCUGUUAGGAUCAUCGGAGGAGCUAAGGCUGGUUUAAUGGUGAGCUUGCUCUGCUUGUUUGCUUCUUCUUGGCUUCUAUAGUUCCACUUCUUGUUUCUUCUAUGUUCUUUUGUGAAUCUUUUAUUUAUGGCUUUUGGGGGAAAGUAAAUGAGGAUUAUUUAUUUCCCCCAAUUAUUGAGUUUUUUUUUUUUCUUUUUUUAAAUUUUAAAAUUUGGUUGUCGAAUUAAUUUUAGUCGGUAGCUUAUAUAUUUUGUGUGUUCUUGUUUCA